AUGCAGGCCAUUGCUCAGUCUCAGAACGGACAGCCGCAAAACCACGUGUCGCUGCAAAGUAAACAGGAACCCGACAGCGACGACGGUAAUAACGCACUGCAGAGCGGGGACGAGAAUGAUCAAGACGACGACCACGACAGCUCCGGCGCAGUACGUACGGGGAAACGCAAGAGGCCGAUCUCAGUUUCGCGGAAUUCGGUCUUCUGCGAAUAUCGCGAACGCAAAAAGCCCGGACUCAGAGCCGGCUAUGGCAGAGAGUUAGAACAGAGGCUCGAUAAGCUCGAGGAGAUACUAAGAUCUCAUUCCGAGAUCUUGCAGAGUUCUUUCAUCAAUCAUCCUCACCACAACGUCGCCCCGAGUGUGCGCAAUAGUAACCCGAGCUUACCUAGCGACCAUGGCACUCCGCGCGAACCUGCACCGUUGUUUCGGCCUACCGAAUCCAUCAGGACUCCUCAGGCCGAGACUGCCCUGUUUUUACAGAAACCCUCGACGUUCCCUUCAUCGUCGCAGCACGUAGACUUCGGUAUACCGUCGUCGACUCCGUCUAUGCAUUCCAUGCAUGACGGCUUCCAACCACAGAUGCCCAUGGCCGGCAUUUCUCCUCCCAAUCAGCUAGGAAACAACCUUCAACCAGGCCCAGCGGCUCAAGAGUAUUAUAGUCAAGCCCAGCAACAACAGCAGGUUCGUUCUCCGGGCAUGAACGGUCCCCAGGGCCAGACCGACCAAGACCUCCCUCCAUAUGAUUUGUUAUAUGCUCUGGUUGAUUUAUACUUCAAGCAUAUCAAUACAUGGUGUCCCAUAUUACACAGAAAGACCACACUGGACUCACUGUUCGGGCCAUCUACAUUAGAUGAUACCGAUAAGGUGCUUCUUCAUUCCAUCGUUGCUACAACGUUAAGAUAUUCAACAGACCCCCGACUCACAGAAGAAAAGAGGAGACAUUACCAUGAUAUCUCGAAGCAAAGGGUUUUGCUCUAUGGCAUGGAGAACUCAUCUGUCAAGUCGUUGCAGGCUUUAGUAAUCUUGGCACUGGAUUUAUGCGGAAGCAGUAAUGGUCCACCAGGCUGGAACAUUAUGGCCUUAAUCACUCGCUCGGUCGUUCAGUUGGGUUUAGCUGUUGAAAGCAACUCGCUCUCCGUAUCGCCCAACUAUGCAUCGAUAUAUACCUUGCGAGCUAUGGUCCUACCAGAACCAAAAGAUUUUAUCGAAGAGGAGUCGAGGCGGAGACUUUUCUGGAUGAUAUAUCUCCUGGAUCGAUACGCGAUGAUUGCUACUGCGUUCGAUUUCGCAUUGGGCGACAAGGAAAUUGAUCGGACGCUACCUUGCCGGGAUGAUCUGUGGAUUAAGAAUCAAAAAGUCGAGACGAGGUGGUUCCACACACAAGGCCGUCCUCCAGACCACCCGGAUCACGAUGUGAACAAACCUGAAAACUUGGGGGCUUUCUCGUACUACAUCGAGAUACUUGGCAUACUCUCCAAGAUUCACGAGUUCCUGAAGCAGCCUGUCGACAUUGGCGCGUUAGGCGAUGUCGAGCAGUGGCAACUUCGAUAUAAAGAGCUCGAUAACCUUCUGGCCUCUUGGAAGUUCGGUCUCCCCGGCGAAUACGGUAACAUGGCCAAAUUGUUCCAGCCUGGCGGUAGCAAGACGCUGAACUGCGGGUGGGUCAUGCUGCAUGCUACCUACCACACCGCCGUGAUUCGUCUGCAUUCAUCGGCGGCAUAUCCGACUACCCGAUCCCCCAUAUUCACUCCAUCCUAUAGCGCCAGUCAACGUUGCCUUGGAGCGGUGGAAAACAUUGCGGCUCUCGGUGAAUUCGUGGUACAAAAUGGUAUGUUGAACAAACUUGGCCCACCUUUCGCUUUCACCUUGUGGGUUGCUGCACGACUCCUGCUUGUUCAUGGCUCAACGGUUGAGCACAAAUUGGCACCACAGAUUGCCUUCUUGGUAGAUACGCUCCGCGACAUGGGUAGAUAUUGGCCCGUGGCGGGAAGAUAUUGCCAACUGCUUCAGAGGGUUCUUGACGAGCAUAGCGACAGCGAGCGUGCUUCGGGUCAGACGGGUGAGCGGAUCACACCAUCUUCGGUGAAGAUUUUAGCAGAUAUGAGGAGGACGGCGUUUGAUCUCGAUUUCUUGAUUAGUCGCCAACCCCGUGCUCUGGCGGGCGCGCCAAGUCGCAGGCCCAGCGUGACUCCGGCACGUACUCCGGCGCCGAAUGAGCUAGAAUACCUGGACGUCUUUGAUUUCUUCAACGUGCCACGAUUGCCAUUCAGCCAUGAGGCAUCUACGGCACCACCAAACACAAAUGAGAUGAAUUCGGAGAACACGGGGACGAACAACGAAAACGGAAACGGAAACGGAAACGGGAAUGUGAACGGCACCAAUGGAACAUCCAACGAAUUUAACAUCACGAAUUUCAUGGUUGAUGCGAAUAGCGACUGGCUAUUCAAGCAGCCGAAUUAGUUGCGUGUCUGUGACAUGGACAUUCCCCAGUCAUUAUUGUAUCUCUUGCGACACCUGGAGGACAAACUUGGUAUUUUACAAAAGAUUAGCGAAUACCAGACGGGAAAGGGCUCUUCUCGACUUCGCUUAGGAGGGAACGAGAGUUAGGAUCUGUGUACGUAUAUGACUUGAACCCACCCCGGAUUUCGGGGUGGUGAUAUUUGGAUUACUAGAUCUGUCUUGGGAAAUUGGAUUCAAAAGUCAGGCUGCCGGGGUCAUUCGGGAGCUAUGUUUUUUAGUAUGAACUUUAAUUGCAAGUGACGCAAAAUAUCGGCACAUAAGCAUUUUAACCCUGAUGAAACUAACGAAAUAAACGAUGUUUCAGGGCCGGCUAUGAAGACAAGGAGGGCAUUUGACAGGC